AAAUUCAUCGCGUCGGUCCCCCCUUAAUGAGCCGCGAAAUGUCAUCGAGCUCCCCACGUCAGGGACGUGAACGGCAGCGUGACAAUUUGAGGGGGCUCCGAUCUCCGAUCAGACGUUGUAACGCGCGCGGGGGGGAACACGUCGGCCGAGCGCGACCAUUUUGUGCGGGGCUGCAAAAGUGUUAAAAAUUAGCAUUUUAUUGAUUGCAAUAAGUAUACCGUGCGCCGCGUGUAUGUGUGUAUCUCCCGCUAUAUAUAAGCCCGACUACAUCUAUAAAUACAAUCGGAAAUGAGGGCCGCGUCCGCGGUGGAGCGGACGGCAACGGGGAGAUGACGUCGCGCGGAAUAAAAUUGCGAUCUCGACCGACCGAGACGUGAUCGCGCGAGAGAAGAUGAGAAGAAAAGAAUAGAAACGGGGCGAAUUUCUUUCUGAAUGAACCAAAACGUCCUUUCCUUCCACCGUCGUUAUCGGUGUUCGCAAAAGCUAGGUUAAUUGUCGAUCGAGAAUGAAAUCAGGGGAAGAGUUACGGCACGCUGAAUGGGAGAUAAUAAUAACGCUAAAUAAGGGAUAAUAAUAAAAAUAAUGACGAAACAGUAAGAUGAUGCUUAAUUAUGCAAUUGACAUAAAUUAUGUGAUUUCGGUAUCUGAGAGACGGUCACGAUUGGAUUGACAUCCUUCCUAUAUGGAACAAGUUAAAUUUGCAGAAUAGGUGUCAUCGGAGGAUAAAUUUUCAAAGAUGGUCUGUUCAACGUGCAUCAAGAGAUUGGAGGGUGUCCAUCGCUUUGCGAUGAUGGCGUACCGUACCCAAGAGAAGUUGAGAUCGCAGCUUUAUGGUAACAUUGACAAUACGAAUCCUGUACAAGACGACGAGAUGCAGAAUAUUAAAGAUAUGCAAGAUACUGCAAAGAAAACGGAGGACCGAGGACUGUUACAUUCAAUAUUGACAAAGGGUGCGAUAGAAAUUUUAACCGAAGACGAGCCACUGGGACCACCGGAAUCAAAUUCCCAAGAGGACAAACGUUGCACCCCGAGCAUGGAAGAAAUGGAGGUAAAAGUGGAUCCGAUGCUAUUUUUACAAUGCGGCAUGGAACAGUCUACAUCUGAAGCUUCAGAUUCCUCAGAUAACGAGGAAGAAAUAACAAGGACACAUACGCCGGAGCCAUUACCUUUAACAAAUAACUUUCGUUUGUUUAGAAAUACUGAAGUGGAAGAGGAAGACGAAGAAAAGAGAGAUGAAGGUGAAUCUAAAUCGCACGAGGACAGUAGGAAAACCGCAUCCAAUGCACCAGCGAAGCCACAUGAAUGUACAAUAUGUGCCCGAUCUUUUAUAUCACAAAUUGGCUUGCAAAAUCACUUGUGGUCGCAUUUACCCAGAGAAAGAAGAUUCGACGGAAAGCCUAUUUUACAAUCUCAACACGUUUACUCUACGAAUGGUGUACUUCACACGAAUAGUGAUAACAAUUCGUCCAGCAACUUCAUCUGUCCAAUCUGCAGUAAAAAGAUUUCUACAAAGGGAAAUUUGAAAGUGCAUUUAGAGACUCACAGGCCUAAAGGAAAGUACGGCUGCGACAUAUGUGGAAGAAUUUUCAAAACUCAGUCGAAUCUGUUCAGACACAAGGAGUAUCACGGCGGCGUACAGUUUCCAUGUAAUGUAUGCGGGAGAGUGUAUCCAACGAAUUCGACGUUACGCGCCCACAGCAUAACGCAUUCGGACUUGAGACCGCACGCAUGCCCGCUUUGUGAUAAGACGUUCAAGCGAAAUCAGGAUUUAAAAUUCCACAUAAAUCAGCACACGGGUGCGAGGCCUUAUCAGUGUCCUUACUGUCCGAAAGCUUUCGCGAGCUCCGGCAACUGUUUUUCACAUCGUAAAAGAAUGCAUCCCCGGGAAGUUCAUCGGGAUCGACAGAGAGCGGCGGAUUUAAUGAGAUGAACCAUGGGCAGUCAAUACGAGGACUGGUCUUAGAAUUUCGGAUGAAUGUUCUGCCGAGGUGAUCGUAUAUUGAUCAUGUAUUAGUAACUGUCGUAAUGUAAACUUUAUUUCCAGAGAUUAACGGUGCUAACGAGAACGGAAAUUUUGUAUGUUUCAUUGUUCUUAAAUUAUUUAUACACAUUUAGCGUUAAGUACGUUGUUGUUGGUAUUGUAUAUUUUGUUAGUUAUUUAUUGAAUACGUAUGUCUUUCUACUGUCUGAUAUAGGGAUUAUUGGUGAACUUCCAUUAUUGUUAGUAAGUUUAGCGUUGAAGCUUUACUACAAUAAUAUAGCAAAGAAAGUAAGUUUGAAAAUUUCAUAGCCAGAUUUGAAUAUUGAUACUUUUAGUUUUAUUUUCUAUGCAUAUUAAUGCAAUUUAUACGUAUUAUUUUAGUGAUAGGAAAAUAAUAAUUGUUAAAUGUUUCUAGGAAUAUAUUGUAAUUAUACUAUCGUUUAAACCGGUUAACACGUUCUGAUUUCUGACAUCUGAUUUUGUUAUGUAUUAGUACAUCUUGUUCUUGUGUUAAAAAUGUCCACACUGCCAUUUUUGCGUAUAUUCCUUCUUUUUUUUACACUAUUAAAACAUUAGAUAGUAGUAAUUAUAAUUUGUGUAUGAUUGUGUACUUCCAUAAGAAAGUUUAUAUGUAGCAAGAUGUAUUGUAAAACUAGUUCUAUACUCUAUAUGACAUUAUCUUGACAACUCUGUGAUAAUUGUAUUGGCACUGGUCAUUUUAUACUGGUUAUGAAAUUUACAACUUACCAUAUAAUAGAAAUAUUAUUCUACGAACGUAGAUUAUACACGAUUGUAGCAUUAUUCAAACAGUGACGAAGAUUCUAAAGAAAAAAAGCACAUUAUUUUACUCACAGCGAUCAAGCAGAUAAUCCGCAGGGAACUUUAUACGUCACAUAUGUAUCGACCAAAAAGCGAAAAGAGAAAAAUUUGCGAAAAAGAGAGAAAAAAGAGUUUCGUAGCCUGUGACAUAUUUUUAGCACAAUACAAACAUCAUCAUAAAUGUUAAGACUGUAUACGGAAAUUAUGUGUCAAAUUAGAUAAUAACUUUAAGGGCGGACAAGACCGGAUGUUAUAUGAAAACAAGUCUAGUCGUCUAGCAGUAUUAAUUAUCAAUAAGUAAGUGUAGGCGCCGUAGUCGAUAUUACAAAUACGAUCAUGACGUUAUUCUUAUAAGCGAGAUAUAUGAGGUAAAUGUUAAACAGAAGUCUGAGUAGUUCUAGGAAGGCAUAGUUAAGUUAGUUAAUUAGUUAGACGAUUCGUGUAACGUAGAUAAUAGUCCGUGCUUCCGUAUACAUUCGCACACGCGCUAAAACGCCACAGAAUGCGUAAAUAGAGAACGUUACAGGCCCUGAGAAAGAAGCUAGUACACAUACAACAGUCAGUACACAAACAAUAAGUAGCUCGUACUACCUAUCGCAAAGACAAAAAAGAAAACCACCAUGUGUAAUCACAUUAUAUUAAUACAGCAUUAUUAGCUCAUAGAGAUAUAAGCGUGUAUUUUGUGAUUACGUUUUUUCCGGACGCUUGCCGACAUAUAUUAUAUAUACAGACACUUUAGACAUAGGUAACAAUAAAUAUAGUGAUAUUAUAUAUAUAUAUAUAUACAAAAAUAAUCAAUUUUUGACAGAAAAAGAGCAUCCGAGGUGAACCGGUGCUCGCGGCUCAAUCGUCGUCAUUCUUGCAUUUUAGACCUUAGAGAAUCAAAAAUUGAGUAUUUUUCUAAAAUCGACACGCCAAAGACACACAGUCCUAGUAAUCGAGACUAGUAAUUAACAAUAAUUCAGAAGUGCCAGUUGUAAUGCAGAAAAUUAACAUAGCGUACUACUUAGCAGCAGACAAAUACCACGGAGGAUCAUUCUGUAGAGUUAAUGCAAAAUACACACCAUCUGUGACGUAUAUAUAUAAAUAAAUUCAUUGUAUAAAAUUAGUCGGACUUGCAUCUCCCGCGUUCACGGCAUUCGCAUAAAAAGAGACGCAUGUCGUUGAACUGCGUGCGUGCAUUAUCGAUGACCAUGUAAUUACGAAUAAAAACAACGCAACUUCAAAC